CCACACCUUUUUACCUAACCUGCCGUCUCUGAGAGUAGCUCGGCACAAGUCGUUUUGCUGCGUCACUCAGUCACUCACUGAUCUCUACACCUGGAUGGUAUAUGUGGACAGUGUGAUACAAUACUGCAACUUCUCCUGGCAUUGUGGAUACCAAGGGUCAAGGUAUGUCCACUCCGGCUUCCAAGGGGGUUCUACGGCCUGUUCUGAUUGGCUGUUGUUUUAUGGCGGGCUUCGUGGGAAUAUUCUUAAUUUACUACAAACCCCAGAUCAAGUUCCUUUCAUGCCCUACUAACCAGGCAUCCCACGAGGGGAAGGCUGGUUGUUCUCCUUGCCCUCAAGUAAGUAUGUCAGGGAACCACACAGGGCAAAAAACACACCAUGCACAGACAGACAUUCAGGCCGAUGAUGACGGAGACACAGACACUAUCAUUUUGAUCUGGAUGUGGCCAUUUGGUCAGGCCUUUGACAUAGACUCUUGUGCCUACUUUAACAUCAAAGGCUGUCACCUAACAGUGGAUAAAAACCUUUACAGCAAGGCACACGGUGUCAUAUUCCACCAUAGAGACAUCCAUGGAGACCUGAAGAACAUGCCCCAAGAGCAACGUCCAUGGUUCCAGAAAUGGGUGUGGUGGAAUGCAGAAUCACCGGCUAACACAAACAGGAUCCCUGGUGUUGACCACUUGUUCAAUUUGACUGCGAGUUAUCGACUGGAUUCUGACAUCAAGGUUCCUUAUGGGUCGCUUGUUGAGGUAACCAGUGAGGAUAAAAUCUUUGAGCUGCCCAAGAAGGACAAAUUAGUCUGCUGGGUAGUGAGCAACUGGAACCCAAACUACAAGAGGGUACAGGUGUUCAACGAGCUCAGUAGGCAUGUCAAAAUAGAGGCCUAUGGGAGACAUUUUAGUAGAUACCUUGAAAACGAAGACUACUCAAAGACGCUGUCCAGCUGUAAAUUCUACCUGGCAUUUGAAAACUCCAUCUACAAAGACUAUGCUACAGAGAAGCUGUUCAACGCUAUGAAGUUGGGAGCAGUGCCCGUUGUUCUAGGUCCAUCCAGGGACAACUACGAGCAAUUUAUCCCAAGGGACUCUUUCAUCCAUGUGGAUGACUUCUCCUCUACAGAGGAGCUGGCAAAGAAGCUUCUCUUUCUCGACCAGAAAAAAGAAGAAUACAUGAGGUACUUCACCUGGCGAAAUAACUUUAAAGUUCAACAAUGGUGGUUUGGACUUGAGCACGCCUGUCGCUCAUGUGAUUACAUUCAAAGAAAUAAAGGAUACAAAACUUUUCAUAAUCUAAAUAAAUGGUUUUGGGGCUAAGUGACCCAUUUGUAGUGGUCAACAAUGUGGCUGUGUGAAGACUAUUGUAUGCUGGACAACCAGGUGUGGAAUAGUUUAGGGUCGUUCCACCAAUUUGGUACCUUUUGAGAAGUGUAACGGUAAAAAACUGAGCAGGUUUUUUUUCUUCACCACAAAACACUAGAACAUUUCCAAGAAGAGUAGAACCAGUUCACAUGCUUUUACACUACGAUUUGACUAUUAAAUGUUCAAAGCUUCUUUUAAGAAAAAUAUUUAAUCAGAAAUAGUUUUUCCCCAUAUUAAAACCGAAGUUCAGUUCACGUAACAAGGUAGAGCUUAAAAUUAGGGAUAAAUUAAUCACUAAUCACAAAUGUAACUCUUCAUAUUCAAUGCAACAAAAUAACUAAGGCUUUAAAAUGAUGGGGAAAACUUGGAGAAAUGUUGGGGUUAAGCGGGUUCAAAUCUUCCUAGAAAUCAGAGUGCAUGGAGGGACAUGUCAUAACGCUACAUUUCAGCACUUUAAGUCUUUAUUCGUAUAAAAAAAAACUGUUAUUGAAUUCUCCAUGUGGUCUAUAUUAAAGGGAACCUCAUUUAAUAUAACAGGGUUUUAAAAUCCAAUACUGGUGCACAAUCUCUACUUAAAAUAUUGAAGGGAUGGACAAGACACUCUUUCUUGAAACAAAACAACCCUUUAGAAUAUUAGGAGCUCUAGUAGCUGUUGCACAUGCAACAGCCACUCUUUCUGGGGUGCACACAAACCAUACAAUACACAACAGAGAAAAGAGGGGGGGGACGGGUAAAAUGACUUGUUACCUAAUAAUGUCAAAUGUUACCCACAUUAACAUCAUGUGAUGUAAAAUGUUGCCCACAUUAACAUCAUGUGAUGUUUUUUUUAAUGUAACCUUCAUUUAACUAGGCAAGUCAGUUAAGAACAAAUUCUUAUUUACAAUAACGGCCUACCAGGUGACAGCAGGUUAACUGCCUUGUUCAGGGGCAGAACGACAAAUUUUUUACCUUGUCAGCUCAGGGAUUCAAUCCAGCAAUCUUUCGGUUACUGGCCCAACGUUCUAACCACUAGGCUACUUGCCGCCCCAAUGUAAAAUGUUACCCACGUUAACAUCAUGUAAUGUAAAAUAUUACCCAUAUUAAUAUAAUGUAAUGUAAAAUGUUACCCACGUUAACAUCAUGUAAUGUAAAAUAUUACCCAUAUUAAUAUAAUGUAAUGUAAAAUAUUACCCAUAUUAAUAUAAUGUAAUGUAAAAUAUUACCCAUAUUAACAUAAUGUAAUGUAAAAUAUUACCCAUAUUAAUAUAAUGUAAUGUAAGAUAUUACCCAUAUUAACAUCAUGUAAUGUACAAAUGCUGUGCAUGAAUCAUACCGUUUUUUUUCUUGCUUUUAGAGAUUCGAAAUUGAUGUGAGAAUGCAAUGAAUUUUAAAUAUUGUUAAAGAUUUGUGGAUAUUUGUAUUUAUGUUGACCACCUCACAGCAGCCACACCAUUUCCACCUGCUUGAUCAGUUCAGAAUAUGCACUCCUUUACUCCACUGCCCAGAUCAGAGAUUUGACCCGCAGAAAAACUACAAUGGCCCAAACAGAGCAAUCUCUUUGCAUACAUUUGUUUUUGCAUUGUUUACCUACCAGCACAAAACAAAAGGAAACCAUACAACCUUACUGCACAGACAGAAAGAUAAAUUGGUUGUGUCCUUAUUGAGCCUUUGAGUAUGCUUUGAAAUGGGGAAGGGAAAAGUACAGUUGUGAGGCAAUUAUCCACACGGAGUCCCUCGACACAAUGAAAAGAGUUGUAAAGACCUUCAAGUUAUGUCAUGUACUGAAUACUGUCUGAUUAUUAAAAACCAAGGUCUGGAAUGAAUGUG